AGCUUCUAACACGACGAAGCCCGGGUGUCCUAAGUAAAGAAACCCGCGCGCAUUUUCCGGCAUGCACAAACUGUGGGAGUGUCCUCACCGGAAGAGUCCGGAGCAAAACGUAACUACCGGAACAAAGAACCCGGUAGCAAUUUGGUUCCUGAGCGGAUGCUGGAGCUGUAAGGCUCCGUGCAGGCGGCUGAUUGUGGAUCGCAGGAGGAGGACGCUGGGGCCCGCCGUCCGUCCGCUGCUACUAUGAUUCCGGUGUCGCUGGUAGUGGUUGUGGUGGGUGGUUGGACUGCCGUCUACCUGGCCGACUUGGUGUUGAAGUCAUCUGUGUAUUUUAAACAUUCUUAUGAAGACUGGCUGGAAAACAAUGGAUUGAGCAUCUCUCCUUUUCAUAUAAGAUGGCAAACUUCAAUUUUUAAUCGUGCCUUUUACAGUUGGGGACGGCGGAAAGCAAGGAUACUUUACCAAUGGUUCAAUUUUGGAAUGGUGUUUGGUGUGAUUGCCAUGUUCAGCUCUUUUUUUCUCCUUGAAACACUGAUGCAGACUUUAGCACAAAUGAUGGCUGAUUCUCCCUCCUCCUAUACUUCCUCUUCUUCCUCUUCCUCUUCCUCUUCUUCUUCCUCUUCUUCUUCCUCCUCCUCCUCUCUUCACAAUGAUCAGGUGUUGCAAGUUGUGGUUCCUGGUAUAAAUUUACCUGUCAAUCAGCUGACUUACUUCUUCGCUGCAGUCCUCAUUAGUGGUGUUGUACAUGAAAUUGGACACGGUAUAGCAGCCAUUAGGGAACAAGUUCGAUUUAAUGGCUUUGGAAUUUUCCUCUUCAUUAUUUAUCCUGGAGCAUUUGUUGAUCUGUUCACCACCCAUUUGCAACUUAUAUCACCAGUCCAGCAGCUAAGGAUAUUUUGUGCAGGUAUAUGGCAUAAUUUUGUCCUUGCUCUCCUUGGUAUUUUAGCUCUUGUUCUCCUCCCAGUAAUCCUCUUGCCUUUUUACUACACUGGAGUUGGGGUACUUAUCACUGAAGUCGCAGAGGACUCACCUGCCAUUGGACCCAGAGGCCUUUUUGUGGGAGACCUUGUUACUCAUCUACAGGAUUGUCCUGUUACUAAUGUGCAAGAUUGGAACGAAUGUUUAGACACCAUUGCAUAUGAGCCCCAAAUUGGGUACUGUAUAAGUGCAUCAACGUUACAACAAUUAAGCUUCCCAGUUAGAGCAUACAAACGACUAGAUGGUUCUACUGAAUGCUGUAACAAUCACAGCCUCACAGAUGUGUGCUUUUCCUACAGAAAUAAUUUUAAUAAACGUUUGCAUACGUGUCUACCUGCCCGGAAAGCAGUUGAAGCCACUCAAGUUUGUAGAAGCAAUAAAGAUUGCAAAAGCAGCUCCAGCUCAAGCUUCUGUAUAGUGCCAUCCUUGGAAACUCACACUCGGUUAAUAAAGGUGAAACACCCCCCACAGAUUGAUAUGCUCUAUGUAGGGCACCCACUGCACCUUCACUACACAGUGAGCAUUACAAGUUUUAUCCCACGUUUCAACUUUCUAAGCAUAGAUCUGCCAGUGAUUGUGGAGACAUUUGUCAAAUACCUGAUUUCUCUUUCUGGAGCCCUGGCUAUUGUUAAUGCAGUGCCCUGCUUUGCCCUGGACGGUCAAUGGAUUUUAAACUCUUUCCUGGAUGCUACCCUGACUUCAGUGAUUGGAGACAACGAUGUCAAAGAUCUAAUAGGAUUUUUCAUCCUGCUUGGUGGCAGUGUACUUUUGGCUGCCAAUGUGACACUGGGACUCUGGAUGGUUACAGCACGGUAAUAUUUGCUCUUAUCCAACAGAAUUAAAAAGUAUAGCUACAUGGUAA